AUGCUCACACACAGCACUGAGCAGGACAUCAAAUUUUCAGGUGUCAUCAACCCAAGGAAAUCUAUUCUAGUGCCAGUCCCACACAUGACCAACAGCGGCUCAUUUUUACUGCCAAGCCGCUGGUUCCUCACUACCUCCUACAUCUUCUACACUCCCCUUCUUGAGGGAUUGACUCUGUGCUCAUUCCAAUCCAGCCAGCUCAAGGCAUGCUUAGGUUUAUGCAACCCCUUAUGCCUGAUGCAGUCUUUCAACCACCCCAACCUGUACUAUGCCGCAGUACAGCCUAAACCGUCCAUGAAAAAGAAGAUGGUUCAAGCCAUUGCUGGUUUCAUCAGGUCACAGCAUGCUACCCAUACUGGCAUUGUGCACAGCUUCUCAAAGUCGGAGUAUGAGGAACUUGCUGAGCAACUGUGA